AUGGAUGAGUGCUCGGACAAGCAGGGCUUAGCGAAAAGAUGUCUCUGGGAGAACCGUCUACGUCUCCGAUCUCAUUCAAUCAACAAACUCAAAGUGUUACAGGGUCACUGGUUCACUGAAGAGCAGCUUGCUGCUUUGUUUCUGAUCUGUGGACACGUCACUGUAACAUUAGCCAUGACACGCUGA